AUGCCUCCUGAACCGAGAGAUCCUCUGCCGGCCCUGUCGUGGGCUGAAGUUGCACAAGCGGCUAGGCCUCGUGUAAACUCUACUCUUCCGGUUGAUGCUUCCGUCUUGGAGAAACUAAAGCAGACUGUCUUGGAUGUCUUCAAAGAUUUUGGCAGAGUUUUGAUCUCUGAUAUGCCAAAUGGUUUCAUGUUAAUUCGCUGUGAAUCGGAUGAAGUUAAGCAAAAUAUUAUCUUUGGGAGGCCCUGGAAUGUGAGUGGUUUGACACUCCAGGUUUCAUUGUGGCAACCUAACUUUGAGCCGGCAACAAUCAAACUCUCGAAAGCCAUGGUCUGGUUGCAGCUCCAUAAUCUCCUGGUCGAUCUUUGGGAAGGAGAAGCUCUUGAAGCCAUUACUGAACCUAUAGGCAAGCUUCUCAAAGUUGAUGAUUUCACAUCCUUCUUUUCCAGAGCGAGAUUUGCCCGAGUUUGUCUUGAAAUCGAUCUUUUGGUUACUCUGAAAAGAGGGUUCUUGCUUGAUGACAAGGAUGGUAAGGUCUUCGUUCUUGUUCUUUGUAAAUGUCUUCCUACGUUUUGCUAUUGUUUUGGGUUAUUUGGACAUGGAUCCACCUCCUGCGGUCAUCAUUGUGGUUUUGCUCCAACCAAGGAAACCGGGAUUGCUCACUCCGACUCUGGAGUUGAUAGCGAUCCUAGGGUUCUAGUUGGCCAGACACAAGGAGGUGAUACCAGUCUUGUUGGUCCCAGUAGUCUAGCCCCGAUGGUUGAUGAUAGCAAUACACCGGAGGACUAG